AACAAACUGGAAAAACUUACACACACAUCAGCGGUGUACAUUUAACCUAAUCAUUUUUGGAAGAUUGUACAGCAGUUGGCCUUCUUUGAUCUGGUCUAAACCCAAAGAAUUUCCAGUUCAGGAGGUAGACACUGUCGAGCAGGUCAAGUGAACGUUUGCGGCGUCCACCUGUUCAAGUUUUUGUUCCAGGGGCGUGCCAAAUGUGUCAGCUCUCGAGUGGGAAAGUCACAGUGAAGUCGCACAGCAGUCUGUCAACAACGCUAACGGGUUUCUGUCGGUAAAGAGAAGAAAAAUGCGCACAUAAAGUUGGUGGUUUAGCUUUUGUUUUCAAGUAUUCGCCGGGAGAAGGUAUGUUUCAAGGAAAUGAGGUUAAAAUGAAGAUGAAAGCUGCUGGAUCUUCAAGUCGACACACGUUUGGCCCCUCUGCCAGACUGGAGAAGGCGGGAUCUUGUGUCAAACCUUUCCAGUGUCUGCACAUACUUCUGCUGGCCCUGCUAUUGGCAGAUCAGGCUGCCUGUGUUGAGGCCGCUGAUGCCGUCCCCACUGUUCCUUCCACAAACACACAGCCUUCAGUAUACUCCUUUUUUGUUGUCACUGUGGAAGUCAAUGUAGAGAAAGAGGAAGCAGAGAUCAUGGCCUGGCUUAAACAGAUGUUUGCAAACCAGCUGCACACCUGUGUGUCUCCAACCAUUGAAGAAACUACUGCUGCACCUACCUCCCCACAAACUACCUCUGCAAACACUUCAUAUGAAACAACCCUCGUGAAGACACCAUCAACAUCACAAAUAUAUAAUUCAACUACAGCUAUGGCAAUGACGAGGCCACAGAGCAACAACCAUACUACAAAUGGAACAACUACAGCAUUUGAAAGCGACAGAAAUACUACAGCUGCAUCAACUACAGCAUUUGAAAGCGACAGAAAUACUACAGCUGCAUCAACUACAGCAUUUGAAAGCGAUAGAAAUACUACAGCUGCAUCAACUACAGCAUUUGAAAGCGACAAAAAUACUACAGCUGCAUCAACUACAGCAUUUGAAAGCGACAGAACUACUACAGCUGCAUCAACUACAGCGUUAAAAAGUGACAGAACUACUACAGCUGCAUCAACUACAGCGUUAAAAAGCCACAGAACUACUACAGCUGCAUCAACUACAGCGUUAAGAGGCAUCACCACACCUUCAGCUGGAACCGUUUUUUUAGAAAGCCCCUCUAUAAUCAAACGUGGAAGCACACUUUUAUUUAAAACAACAUCGGUAACAACAGUCGCUGCAAGCAGCAAAACAAAGAAGCCAAAACCAGAUGCGGCAAACAAUAAGCGCCUAGUUCGGGAAAUCCUAGCCAGUGUGACAACAAACAGUACGACCAUCAGUGACAUAACAUCUGAUCUAUUUCAAGAUCUUGAUGGUUCAUGCAUCCAGAAGACUGCAAUAAGGAACACCAGCUGUUCAGUGACGCUGAAGCUGAAGCAGCAGGUCCCUUUAUGUUGUAUCUUCCGUACGCUCUGUGUGGCCAGUCAUUCCUCUUCUGACAUCCAUGUGGUGGCAGUAAAUAACAGCAGUCUAACAAUGGACUGCAGCUGCAAUAGUACUGGUCAAGACAUUGGAUUAUGUGAAGACUCUGGGACUGUGUUUCCUCUAGGCAACUCAACACACUGUGGGUUAGUUAAUGACGACACCUGCAACUGCUCUGCUUACUGCAAUGGAGCUGAGGCAUACUACACUUUUGACAUUUUAAUACAAGAUACCAAGAUGAACUUUUCAUUCGUUUCGUCCAUGAUUUAUAAACUGAGUAAACAAGACUGCCCUUCAAAGGAGGACGUUGCAUGUCCCCUUUCCGUCAUCGCAUCAGAAUACAAGAAUGCCAAUGUGACAUGUGGAAGCACAUCAACAAAUCUUCAAAGUUGCACAGUGAUUUUACACCUUGGCCAUGAGGUUCCGAUCUGUAAUGUGUCGGAAGCUUUGAGGAAUCUGUUUGAAUCUGAGCCAGGAAUAAGUUACAAUGGAAAAGUGACUCGAGCAGCCGUUUGUGGAAAUUCCAACAGUGCCAAUCCACUGAGUUCUAUCUCCAAGUGGACACAGAUGAACCUAAGUCCUGCAUCCUUUUGCCCAGCAAUAGCAUUGUCUACCAUCCUGACUUGUCAAGAAGGGAAAAAUAUGCUUGUAAAGCUUUCGGAGUCGUGUGUUGGACAGGCGCCUACACCCAGCCCGAAUAUGACAACCUCACAACCAAACGCCUCCACCCCGCUUGUAAAUGUUACUACUUUCAACUCGACAACAACAUCUCCAGCCCUGAAUGCAACCAACACUGUUGCUAAUGUCGGCGAGUCAGCUGAAAGCCAAGCCAAGGCGCUGCUUGAGAUGACCAAAGACGUGUCCAAGCUGAACUCCAGCCAGGUGCGUGAGCUGGUGUCCAAGCUGGAGAGACUUUUGUUGGGCCCAACGGUCAGCUUUUCUCUCGGAAACACCUCCGUCCACAUUGUCAGCAAUCUGCUCGGUGCCUCUCCUGCGGUGCUGUCUGACUCCUCCAACAGCAUUAUAGGGAUUGUUGAUACAGUGGGGUUGAAGCUGGUCCUCGAUGGAAAGGUCGAGAACGUCCUGUCCUCAGCUGUGGCUCUGUCUGUGAAACCAGCAGAUGGCAGCAACUUCCAGGAAACAUUUUUCUCCAUCUCAGACCCUAAUACUGUUCAGGUCCGUGGGGGUUCCAGCAGGCCCAGCAGGAAGGUGAGAGCAGACCCCUCCCUCCCGCAGGGCUCCAUCAAGCUGCCGCCCUCCCUCACUGAGGACCUGACCAGCCAGGAGCAGCAGCUGGUCAGAAGAGUCCAGUUCAAUUUCUACCAGGACGACUCAGUUUACCAGGACCCUUCUUUGGGAGAGCGCAAACUCAACAGCGGGAUCCUGGGAGCGAGUGCGGCCAACCUGACCAUAAAGGAACUCCAAGAUGAUGUUGUAAUUCAGCUGAGGAACACAGAGCCCGUUCCAGCUAAUUUUGUGGCUAUCUGCGUUUUCUGGGACUUCACAUUAAAUAAUAACUCAGGGGGCUGGAAUCCAAGAGGCUGUUCUGUCCGAAAAAGCACAGACAACGAGACGAUUUGUGGCUGCAACCAUUUGACCAGUUUUGGUAUCCUGCUGGACCUUGCCAGACAGCCUCAAACCAGUCGUACACAGGCCACCAUCCUAACGUUUAUCACAUAUAUUGGCUGUGGGGUGUCGGCCAUCUUCCUCUCUAUCACCCUCCUCACCUAUCUGGCCUUUGGGAAGUUACGUAAGGACAUUCCCUCUAAAAUCCUGAUCCAGCUGUGCCUGGCUCUGCUGCUGCUCAACCUGGUCUUCCUGGUGGAUGCAUGGCUGGCUCUGUACCCGGACGCUGUGGGCCUCUGCAUCUCCACCGCUUGGUUCCUGCACUACUUCCUCCUGGUGACCUUCACCUGGAUGGGACUCGAGGCCGUCCACAUGUACCUGGCCCUGGUGAAAGUCUUCAAUAGCUACGUUUCCCGCUACAUGGUGAAGUUCUCGCUCGUCGGCUGGGGGGUCCCGAUGAUUGUGGUCAUUAUUGUCAUCGCCGUUGACAAGGACAACUACGGCCUUGUCUCUUAUGGAAAGUUUACCGAUGGCACUAGUGAUGAUUUCUGCUGGCUGAAAAAUGACAUUGCUUUCUACGUGUCAGUGGUGGCUUACUUCUGCCUCAUAUUUCUGUUCAACCUCGUCAUGUUCGUGGUGGUGCUCGUCCAGCUGUGUCGGAUAAAGAGACAGAACCCUCACAAUUUGCAGCACCGCAGCAUACUGCAGGACGUGCGCAGUGUGUCGGGGAUCACCAUCCUCCUGGGACUCACAUGGGGCUUUGCCUUUUUCGCCUGGGGGCCCCUUAACCUGCCAUUCAUGUACCUCUUUGCCAUCUUUAACUCCUUCCAAGGUUUCUUUAUAUUUAUCUUCUACUGUGCGAUAAAGGAGAAUGUGAGGAAGCAGUGGAGGACCUUCCUGUGCUGCGGCAGAAUGAGGCUGGCAGAGAACUCAGAAUGGAGCCGCACUGCAACACAGAAGAUUGCUAAGAAGUCCUCGGUGACCAGAGUUACGUCCCUUCAAUCCUCAAACUCGUCCCAGUUCAACAACUCAUCCAGCUCGUCCUGUUUCCUCGUCAGCGACUCCUCCGAGCUCGCUAAUGGCAUGAACAGCCCGUUUGAAGACAACGUGAUCACGGCAGAGGAAAACCACAGCACGGAUGUCGUCCUCAACGAGAUCAACAUGCAGUACAGAAACCAACAAACGCCCUGAUCCAGGAAGGACUCGACUGUUUUUCAUGGGGGUUUUUUUUAGGCCAUUUUUCACCUUUAUUGAUACAGAUAGAUUUGAGAGGGGGCGAGAUGCAGCAAAGGUCCGCAGGUCGGAGUCGAACCCCUGCAGGGAGCGCUCAGCCUUAUCUCUACCGGGAAGCUUUGGGCAGCCCAGAACUGAAUAUUUAAAGGCUCUUAUUUUGAAAUACUUGUAUAUAAUGUUAAUAGAGAAUAAUUUAUAUACGCUCCAUUUUCCUGUCACUUGUAUUAUGACUUGUAAUGGGCAAUCCUAAAUUAUGGCACUUGAUUUUUACACGCCAUCUUAUCUUUAAAUAUGUAUCUGCUGUAUUUGCAAAGGGAGCCUUUAUUCCUUUGUAUAGGGAUGUCAUUUUUAUAAGCAGCUGAAUAACAAUGUGUACACUGAAAACUAUUCACUAUAAGCACAGGCCAACAGGCUGGAUUCAUUUUUCACUGUGAAUUUCUGUCUUUGUGGUUGUUAAAAUAAAGGAAGCAUGUUCAAGCUUA